CUCUCUCUCUCUCUCUCUCUCUCUCUCUCACACACACACACACACACACACACACACACACACACACACACACACACACACACACACACCUCCUCGCACCGCCGCCUCCUCCCUCCAGACCGCUGCUGCCCGCGGAUCGAGUGGACGAUGGAGACACAGGGACGGUGGACGCGUCAGGCCCGGAGAACCCCGGGAAGCACCGAGGUCCAGACAGAGCCGCCCAGAAGUGUAACCAUGGCGACGGCAUCCAGGUACAUGAGCGCGCAGCGCUACGUGGCGAGGAAGCCUCUGUUCUCCGAUGGACAGCACGCCUCCAUCCUGAAGAGGACCGGUCCAGUGGAGCGCUCACAGGAGGUGAAGCCAGAGGUGGAGAACUCUGUCCUCUGGGUGGAGCAGCAGUCAGGGAGCUCCAGCCUGAGUCCCAGUGAGACGGGGUCCAGAGAGGACUGUGCUUCAGGCCUGGACCUGUGUGAGCUCAGAGACCAGCCCACCCCCCCUUUCAGGACUCUGAGGCCGCCACUCACCUCCACCCUCCUGCAUCCCACCUCCGCCCCCCUACAUCCCACCUCCGCCCCCCUACAUCCCACCUCCGCCCCCCUACAUCCCACCUCCGCCCUCCUGCAUCCCACCUCCGCCCCCCGCUCAGACCGCUACAGCAGGCUGACCAGGUCCUGGCUGGAGGGUGUAGGGGGGCGGGGUGGAGGCCCUGGUCUCUCAGGGGAGUCUCGUCAUCAGGAGGACUACUGGGCCUGUGUCAUCCCCGCAACUCCUCCUCCAUCUGUAGACCGCCGGUCCUCAUCCUGGGAUCCUCAGCAGGCGUACGAAGCCCUGCUGGACUACACCUACCCCCUGAGACCGGGGCGGAGGGGCAGUGAGGGGGACCUGUCCGGGCUGCCGGAGGACUCGCACCUGCAGGACUCUGGAAUUGGACUGGACUGUGUGGACAGCUCCACCUGCCUGUUGGGGCUAGCCUGCUCCACCAGUGAGCCGACAGCUCAGAGGUGCUCCGCCCUGCAGGUCCUCCUCGGGUCCUCGGGUGACUCGCCCCCACCCAAACCCGGGGCUUCAUCUUCUGACGCCCCGGACUGCAGCGAGGACCGAAGGGGCCGGCUCCAAGCCGCCUCCACCCGGCCCCACCCCGCCUCCACCCAGCUCCAUGCCGCCUCCACCCGGGCCCACCCCGCCUCCACCCAGCUCCACCCCGCCUCCACCCGGCUCCACCCCGCCUCCACCCAGCUCCUCCACAACGCCUCCACCCGGGCCCACCCCACCUCCACCCAGCUCCACCCCGCCUCCACCCAGCUCCACCCCGCCUCCACCCAGCUCCACCCCGCCUCCACCUGGCCCCACGCCGCCUCCACCCGGCUCCACCCCGCCUCCACCUGGCCCCACGCCGCCUCCACCCAGCUCCACCCCGCCUCCACCUGGCCCCACGCUGCCUCCACCCAGCUCCACCCCGCCUCCACCCGGCUCCACGCCGCCUCCACCCGGCUCCUGCCCCGGUCCAGCUUUGUCUGCGGGGAGGUGGAGGAGGAGUUCAGGGCUCUCCCGGAGCACCUGGAGGUCCUGCGGCUGCUGUCCACACAGGUCAGGGAGGUGACAGCCAAGACCCCCACCCUCCUGCUGGGGUCCAACCAAGUCGGCGCUGAGCCAGCGGAGGACAGACGGCACAGAUCUGAAGGGACGGAGCAGACGGCAGCAGCAGCCCUGUUCAGGACCGCCUCCGGCCCCCCCGCAGCCGGCCUCAGGGGCCCGGGCGGCACCGGACCACUGGAGGGGCGGGGGCCCGGCUGGGGGGGGGCGGGGUUCAGCCUGGAGGAGCAGGACCAGAGCAACUCUCUGAUGCAGCACAUUCAGGUGUUCUGCUCGCAGCUGCAGCUGCUCAUCCAACAGCUGCAGGCUCUGUCGGAGACGCAGCAGCGUCCUGCGUCCACUGAGGACGUCCACAGCGUCAAGUCCGCCCUGGAGCAGUACCAGCAGAGCUUCCAGCAGGCUGUGAGUGCCGGCGUCCUGCACAGUGGCCAGCUCCUCCUCAGCUCCGUCAGCUCCACCUGUCCAGUGCUGAGAGACACUCUGCGUCUCAUCGAGCAUCAGUCCAGAGAGCUGCAGAGCCACGGCCGACUCGUCCUGUCCUCCACCCAGUCCUCCACCCAGUCCUCCACCCAGCCCUCCACCCAGCCCUCCACCCAGCCCUCCACCCAGCGGAGCAGAGAGGACGCAGUGGAGCUGCUCCAGGCCCACUAACAGCAGCGUCCAGUGUCCUCUGGCAGGACAAGUCAGGACAUUUCAGGACUGUUUCUAACUCAAGCGUCCAGGAGCAGAGUGGAUCCAGAGAGGCUUUAUGCUCCUCUCCUCCCCCUCCUCCUGAUCCUCCCUUCCUGCCAUCUCCUCCUCCUCCUCCUCCUCUCUUCCUGCCGUCUCCUCCUCCUCCUCCUGUCUUCCGGCCGUCUCCUCCUCUGAACGGGUAAAGCUGUUUUCCUGCAGUGUCUCAAAAGGCUGACUGGUCUUUCAUCAGGUUGAAGGUGAAGAAGAGAAGCUGUCGUGAGGCCGGUCAGCCCUUCACCUGGGUCCAGCCAGGAGCAGUCAGGACUUCUCAUGUGAGACUGAAGACUUUCUGUCAGGAGAGCUCUGUUAAAAGUUCAAUAUUUCACCACAGCGUUGAUCCACAACAUUCAUUCAUUCUUUCAUUCUUUCAUUCAUUCAGCACGAUCAGCUGGGCCCUGCACGAUCAGCUGGGCCCUGCACGAUCAGCUGGGCCCUGCACGAUCAGCUGGGCCCCGCACGAUCAGCUGGGCCCCGCACGAUCAGCUGGGCCCCGCACGAUCAGCUGGGCCCCGCACGAUCAGCUGGGCCCCGCACGAUCAGCUGGGCCCCGCACGAUCAGCUGGGCCCCGCACGAUCAGCUGGGCCCCGUACGAUCAGCUGUUUGGUUCUCAGAGUGAACAGAGUAGAACCCACACUCCCAACAUGUCAGCGGUUUAUUGAGCGGAGAGCGAGCAGCAGAACGCCACAUGAAGAACAGCAGGCCGAGUCCGGGCGGAAGAACCCAGCAGAACCUAAAUCCACAUGCAAGAGGAACAGGAAGUCCAGGCUGGUCCCAGCCUCGCUCUGAGCAGACCUCAGGACGGACUAGAA